AUGAAUUGGUGUUCAUCGCAAAAGGCAGUUUGCACAAGCGCCUGCCAAGAUAGUGGUAGUAAGAAUGCAACGACCAAUACAUGUAAUUAUAUAACUCUCGAUAAUACUUGCAUCUGCAGCGAUGGAAAAUCUCCAAGUAUUGCGAAUUACACCCUGACGAUACCAUACCUAGAGUGUCAAUAUGAUAUGGAAAAUUGUACGAGACAUUGUAACGGUGACUCAAAUUGUGCAAAUGGCUGCCAAAGACAAUGUGCUGCAAAUGUCACCCACACAGGCACUAUACCUACGGUCACCGCUACAGGCCCAACUAGUCCCGCCGCCGCAACCACAACCAAUUUUGAUGUAUAUGGUGCAGCCCCUUUCCUUGCCCCAACGAUAAAUGCCU